AUGCUUCGUCAACGAACGAGUAUGAUCUACGAAAAGCCCGAACCACUUUUGCCCUCCCAUCUCAACCACGUCGGCAGCUCAGGGCAGGACGCCAGCCCAUUAGUCGAUACGUCUUAUCGCACGACACGAAAACUGCUUUCCUGCCUCAGGCUGCUGACAACUGCACCUAACACCGAUUGCGUGUCAGCAACCAACAGCUAA